CUUUUCCUUUUUGAUCCAUUCAAAAAUUACUCAUUGCAAAUUCCCGGACUGCUAGGAGCGGAGCAGGAGGGGGGCGGAGGAGAGAGGGCUGCUGCGGGCGCAGUGCUGGGGGCACCCGGGAGCCGCGGCGGCUGCCGGCCGGUCCCGUGGAAGCUGCUGGCCGCGCUCUGGCUCCGGUGGCCUCACCAGGAAGCGUCAGAGUCUCGACACGGGGAAGCUCGGAGCGCCGCCUCCGCCGCCGCCGCCUCCCGCCCGGCGCUCGGUCCCCGAGCCCCCUCCCCUGCCCCAGCCGGACUCCCGCCUCCUUCCCGGACCAUCCGGCUCGGGCGCCCUCCCGGCGAUGGCCGGCCGCUGAGCCAUGGCUCAGUACGGCCACCCCAGCCCGCUCGGCAUGGCUGCGAGAGAGGAGCUGUACAGCAAAGUCACCCCCCGGAGGAACCGCCAGCAGCGCCCCGGCACCAUCAAGCAUGGAUCGGCGCUGGACGUGCUCCUCUCCAUGGGGUUCCCCAGAGCUCGCGCACAAAAAGCCUUGGCAUCCACAGGAGGAAGAAGUGUUCAGGCAGCAUGUGACUGGUUGGUUAUUCUCCCACGUCGGUGACCCCUUCCUGGAUGACCCCCUGCCCCGGGAGUACGUCCUCUACCUCCGCCCCACCGGCCCCUUAGCACAGAAGCUCUCUGACUUUUGGCAGCAGUCCAAGCAGAUCUGCGGGAAGAACAAGGCACACAACAUCUUCCCCCACAUCACCCUCUGCCAGUUCUUUAUGUGCGAGGACAGCAAGGUGGACGCCCUGGGGGAAGCCCUGCAGACCACCGUCAGUCGCUGGAAAUGUAAGUUUUCAGCCCCGCUGCCCCUGGAGCUAUAUACCUCCUCCAACUUCAUCGGCCUCUUCGUGAAGGAAGAUAGCGCCGAGGUCCUCAAGAAGUUUGCCGCUGACUUUGCUGCGGAGGCUGCAUCCAAAACCGAAGUACACGUGGAACCUCAUAAGAAGCAGCUGCACGUGACCCUGGCUUACCACUUCCAAGCCAGCCACCUACCCACCCUAGAGAAACUAGCCCAGAACAUUGACGUCAAGCUAGGGUGUGACUGGGUGGCGACUAUCUUUUCUCGGGAUAUCCGAUUCGCUAACCAUGAGACAUUACAGGUGAUCUACCCCUACACCCCACAGAAUGAUGACGAGCUGGAACUGGUCCCCGGGGACUUCAUCUUCAUGUCUCCGAUGGAGCAGACCAGCACCAGUGAGGGCUGGAUCUAUGGCACGUCCUUAACCACCGGCUGCUCUGGACUCCUGCCUGAGAAUUACAUCACCAAGGCCGACGAAUGCAGCACCUGGAUAUUUCAUGGUUCGUACUCAAUCUUAAAUACAUCAUCGUCCAACCCUCUCACAUUUGGGGAUGGAGUCUUGGAGAGGCGGCAGUACGAGGACCAGGGACUGGGGGAGACGACGCCCCUGACCAUCAUCUGCCAGCCCAUGCAGCCUCUGAGGGUCAACAGCCAGCCUGGCCCUCAGAAGCGAUGCCUGUUUGUGUGUCGGCACGGUGAGAGGAUGGACGUUGUGUUUGGGAAGUACUGGCUGUCCCAGUGCUUUGAUGCCAAAGGCCGCUAUAUUCGCACCAACCUGAACAUGCCUCAUAGCUUACCUCAGCGGGGUGGUGGUUUCCGGGAUUACGAGAAAGAUGCUCCAAUCACCGUCUUCGGAUGUAUGCAAGCAAGACUAGUGGGUGAAGCCUUAUUAGAGAGUCACACGGUUAUCGACCACGUCUAUUGUUCCCCAUCCCUACGCUGCGUUCAGACUGCACACAAUAUCUUGAAAGGUUUACAACAAGAAAAUCACUUGAAGAUCCGUGUAGAGCCUGGCUUAUUUGAGUGGACCAAAUGGGUUGCCGGGAACACAUUACCUGCGUGGAUACCUCCAUCGGAGUUAGCUGCGGCCAACCUGAGUGUUGAUACAACCUACAGACCUCAUAUUCCAGUCAACAAAUUAGUGGUUUCAGAAUCCUAUGACACUUAUAUCAGUAGAAGUUUCCAAGUAACAAAAGAAAUAAUAAGUGAAUGUAAAAGUAAAGGAAAUAACAUUCUGAUUGUGGCCCACGCAUCUUCCCUUGAAGCAUGUACCUGCCAACUUCAGGGCCUGUCACCUCAGAACUCCAAGGACUUUGUACAAAUGGUCCGAAAGAUCCCAUACCUGGGAUUUUGUUCCUGUGAAGAAUUAGGAGAGACGGGAAUAUGGCAGCUGACAGAUCCACCCAUCCUUCCUCUGACCCAUGGACCAACUGGGGGCUUCAACUGGAGAGAGACCUUGCUCCAAGAAUGAACCACAGGGGCGAAUGAGAAGAAAAGGGCUUUUGGAGACGUGUCUUUUGUUGUGUUUGGUAACAGUGAGAAAAUCUGCAGCACACUCCAAGUGGACAGCUCAGAAUAAUUUAGCAUAUUUCCUUUCACGCUUAAAGUUCUUAUAAUGAGACCAUACGUGAGAAAAAGACUUAAUUCAGAGAAAAAAAAAUUGUUCUCUCUGAACUCUUGCCUAGCUAACAAGGCUUUGGAGAAUUGUCUUCCUGAAUCCGGGCACCUGCUGCAGCAGAGGACAUUUUCUGCCUUCCACCUAUGCACGGCUAAGAAGUCUCACUCCUCCCAAAGGGAGCUGCCAGCCCGCCGCAAGGGCUGCAAGAGGAAAGAGGAUGCCCAGAAUCCCGCUGGGGGAGCGUUGAGCUGCCAGUUUGGGGAUGGAAUUUUCUUUUGAACUCCAUUUUCCAGUUAGGCAGAGCCAAGCUGAGGAAUCCUUUUAAGGUUAUUAGAAAAUAUGCCCUGAAGAGAGUUGUUCUUAAGUUAAACAUCAAAUUCUACUCUCAGUAGACCCCAUACACCGGUGUCGCUGGCUCAAGACACCUGCUUGAGGAUGCUAACGUUUGCCUUGGUACCGCCACACUUUCUCCACAGCGGCUGGCCCUUCUUGCUACAGCCUGUCCCCUUUGCUUCUGUCUGUGAAAUGGGGAGACAAAGCACUUUUGGAUACUCAGGAGGAAGAUAAGAUAAAGGUGUGAAGUAUUCAAUCAUAGACACAGAGAACUUGCAAAAUGUAAAGUGACUUGGAAUUACCCGUAUUGUAGCCUAAGGAGCCACCACACUUCUAAAUCACCAUUAUUCCUUUGCCUUUGCCCCUAGACUCUAGACUAUGUUAACUAGUUAAGGAUUUUUGACCUUUUGAAGGGAUAUAUGUUAGAUACAUUACUUGAGUUAGCAAGAAGCUCAUUCUGUGCAAUACGGACGUCUUUAUGAACCAUAUCAAGGGUCAGGUUGUUGGACACUUACAGUACAUGUCAACCACAGCAGAACAUCCACAAAUGCAUCGGUUAUACCAGGGAUGUAUAAUGAAGUCAGGGAACUAAUUUAAAUGAUGACAGUCACGACUGCACUGCUGCCUGUGCUAUUGGUUUUUGUUUGUUUUUCUAUGAUAAUUUAAGAUAUAUAGGUAGGGCUAUUUAGAACAUUUGGAAAGCCACAUCCUGUGGUUUCUCAAUACACCUACUUCCUGCAUUUAGAGGGAGUUUAUUUAAAAGAAAAAUAAAUGACAAUCAAACCAAAACACAAGUUAUCAAUGUUCAUUUAAUUGUGUGACUGGUAGACUGUGGAUGGCCACAGACAAGGGUCUGGUAUGGUAUAGUCACUCUGUAGAAUAUGUGUGCAAAGUGAAAUCCCAGCCAUUUAGAGAGAACAUUAGGUAGUGUAAAACAGAUCUAUACAUAUUGUAGCAACAAGGAAUACAUUUCAAAACCCAGAUGCAUAAAACAUGGUAUUUAAAAGUAGAUCUGUGCUCGCAUUUGAAACUGGAACUUGAUGGCCCCUGGACAGAAGAGGAAGUGAAAGGAUGUUGGCUAUAGAUGUUAAUCAGCAAAAGGAGUAUGGAUGUAUGUUUUAAGUCACUUGGAGGGAAAUAUGUCAUGAAUUUUACGUUUUAAGAGACAGAUCGUGGUUUCUUUUAACAUUGCACAAACAGUGAUCCAGCUUCUGGGUAUGGAAAUACUCCUGUACUGACAUGUUUAUGUAAAUGUUUUAGCUUUAAAAUGUAUUGGGGGGAAGAUUACUCCCACUAAACAUCUUAAGAGAAAAGUCACAUUACAACUAAUGUAAUGUUGAUACCAUUUAUUCUUCUGGCAUUUGAAAUGAAGCAAAUUCACUGUUUAAUUAGAUCUAUUAUCUUUAUUAGGUACAUAGCAAAUUUUUGUGGGCUCUGAGUGCUUGGAAUAAUGUUUGAACACCUCAUAUCAGAUCUCCUUGAAACUGCAGCGAUGUGUUCUGGGCAGCAUCUUGUAGAAAAUACAGCCCAGAACUGGCUCUCGGCUCCAUCUCUCCCAGUUGUCUUAGUCCUGUGAUGAUCUGAUAAAUUGGUUUGACUGGGCUACAAUUCACUGUCUUUAGUCCAACAUGGACACAACCUUAGGCAAUGGUCUAUGUGAGCUAAAGGAGGCAGAGAUCUGAAAUAAUAUUCUGAAUAAUUAAGUGCAGGAAAGAGUUUAUUCCUAGGCUUUAAUUAUCCAAAUGACUUAUCAAAAUGGCCUGAGUGAUCGGAAUUCCCAUUAAAUUCUCAUGGCACAUUUACCUAUUUAAGAAACUAAACUUGGACUGCAACUGAGAAAUGCUUUGGAAAUCAUGUUGAAUCUAUGUAUAAUAGAGGGAACAGACUAUUACCUGAUUUUAUACCAUCCAAACAUACUAGGUUGAUAUUACAACCUGAAGUUGAGGCUGGUGUUUUUUGAUCUAAGCCGAUGCUUAUUAGAAUAAAUGAUGGGUGGGGAGUGGAGAGGGAAGGAAGGACAAGAAAGGAAGGAAAUGGCAGUUUAGAAUCAAAUGGUUUCUAGUAUAGAGAAAUUUUUUUUUUAAUGUAGAAAAUUUUCUGAAAUAAACUAGGUGAAAUGAAAUUACCUGAAGGAUUUAAUCUGGGAUUGAAAGUCUGAAACAGUUUCCUGCUUCAAAAGCAUGCCACAUCAAUCUGCUAAUGCCCCAGUAUUAUUAUUCAUAGAUGGGACUUUGCUGUCCGUGAUUUUAAAAUACCACAUCCAUUCCUCCUAGUCCUCCGUGGACAGGAAUAAUUGGCACAUUUUAAUGCAUAAGCUGGGGGUUUCAGUUUCCCAGGCUCUCUUCACCAUUGCUGCGUUGGUAGCUAGGAGCUUAUUGCUUCGCCCCAGUAUGGAGUUCAGAUCACAGUGUUUCCCGUCACAUUUAGAUUCAUAGAAUCUGAAUGGCUGAUUAAAUGGCCAUGUGAUGGCUGAAAGAGGGGGUAUUUUUCACCCUGUAGUGAAAGGCUUGGAGGAGUUUCUACUUUUUAUUUUAAUUAUACUUUAACCAAAGAAUUAUUUUAAAGUAAGCUUAUAUUUGAAAGAUGAUUUUGCAAAAAAUAAAAAAUAAAAACUAUAUCUUCUGGAGUGAUGUCAGUUUGUGAUGAUCAUCGUUGAUAACUUCCUUGUUAGUGGUAUUUGGAGUGCAUAUAGAUUGUCUUCCCAUUGUGCUCAGCAUUACCAUAAAUGUGUCUUUUCCACUCAACUAGCUGUAUUCGUAUUAAAAUGAAGUCUCUUAUUUCAAUUGCUUAAUGUCAUUGGGAAAAUUGAACAGCCACAGUAAGAGAAGUUCCUAUCUUGUGGCCUUUGUGGAAAGGCUUCCCUGUGUGGUAAAAGGAAGGCAUUCCUCCGUAACCUAGGCACUCUGCAACCCCAGGGUUUAAUUUAAAAGCAGUGAUGAAUUGCUCUUUUGAAAUUACUCUAAGUAAUGCAUGUGUUAGAAUACAGAUGAACCUCCGUUUCAUUCUCACAGGCUUCCGCACAGUCAACUGUACCGAAUCUGCACGAACUUAGAUAAUGAGGUGCAGGGUUAUUUGCAUUUAAAUUGUAAUCCAGCACACGUGUGAGAAAGAAGAGGCGCCAGUCUAACAAGGCUGCCUUGCUGGGCGGGAUGAGACUGGCAGAGGAGGAGGAGGAGGAGGAGGGGGGUGGGGAAAAGAGCGAUUUAACAUCUAUUUAGGUUAAUGUUCACUGUUCCAAAGGUGUUGGGGGAUAUUUUGUUAGGUGAUGGCAGAAUGCUUUUCACUUUUAAACAUAGGAUUAAAAUUGGAUUCGCUUCUCUUUAAUACUUCAACAUAAUUGAAUUUCCCUAGGAAAGUGAUGAGCUAUAAUGAAAAUUCAAGGGAUGGGGGGAAAAAGAUUAUCUCUAAAUGAAGAGGAAGACUUGAUUUUUAAAUACGUAUAAUAUUAGGUAUGGUGUAUGUAGGUUUAAAAUUAUAGUGAUGAGUAGUCAAACUUAAUAUACAAUCAGUUCUCACAAAUAUUUUACACGGUACCAGUUAGCUGCUGUUACACAAAAAUUGGAAUUUUGCAGCUGUUCAACUGUUGGUGGACUCUGUACAGGAUAGAUAUGUAUCAUGGGCAAUGUAUACUGCUUCUUUGAUUGCCACCCAAGAUGGGAACACCAUCGCAAGGCAUUUUGGUUAUGCAGAGACCAUUCUAAGCUUGCUAUUUUGGAGAGGUAUAUUGAUUUCUUUCUCAUGUAUAAGGCUAUUGUAUAAUUUUUUUUUCCUUGUGAUUCAGGUGUAUUUAUUUGAAAAAUGUUUGUAAUUAUGACAAAGAAAACCAUACCUAACUGUAUUGCCAAAUUCCUUGUAAACUAUCUGUAAAGCUUUUGUGCUUUUCUGGCUGAGAGCUCUCUCCUCUUGAUACAGCUAUGGCAUCACUGUAAUUAGUUCAUUCCCUUUCAGGAGCAUCUCCGUUUAAGUCGUUCAUAGAUGAUUUAAUAAAGAGAAACUGUGUUCUUAGUUGACCAGAGCAAUCUCAUGUUAAA